AUGGAAGGUAAUUAAAAAUAUAGUAUAUAUCUAGGUAAUGCAUUAAAUGAAAUGUAAAAAUAUGAAGAAGCUAUUCAAUGUUAUAACAAGUCAAUCGAAAUUAACCCACAAAAUGAUAAAGUUUACUAUAACAAAUGUAAUAAUGUUUUGAUAUCAUUUUAAAUAGGUAUUGCUUUAAAUUAGAUGAAGAGAUAUUUAGAAGCAAUAGCAUGUUAUGAUAUAGCUAUUGAAAUCAAUCCAAAAAAAGAUUAAUCGUAUUAUAAUAAAGGUAAUAAGUUGAGGAUAUUUAAAAAAGGUAAUGCUUUAAGAUUGAUGAAACGUCAUGUGGAAGCAAUAGCAUGUUAUGAUACUUCUAUUUAAUUUAAUCCUAAAUAAUAUGAAGCCUACAAUAACAAAGGUAAUAAAUUUUGAUAUUUAUGUUUAAAGGUUAUUCACUAUAUGAGAUGAAAAAAUACGAAGAAGCUAUUAAUUGUUAUGAUUAAUCGAUCAAAAUUAAUCCUUUUAAAGAUUAAGCCUACUUAAAUAAAGGUAGGAAAGUUUUGAUAUUUAUGUUAAUAGGUGUUGCAUUAAAUGAAUUGAAACGAUAUGAAGAAGCUAUUGCAUGUUAUGAUUAGGCAAUUGGUAUUAAUCCGCAAAAUGAUAAAGCUUACUAUAACAAAGGCAAUAAUUUGUUGAUAUUCAUAUUUAAUAGGUAUUUCAUUAAAUGAAAUGAAGAAAUAUGAAGAAGCUAUUAUAUUUUAUGAUAAAUCGAUUGAGAUUAAUCCUAAAAAAGAUUAAGCUUAUUUAAAUAAAGGUAAUAAAAUUUUGAUUUUUUUAUUUAACAGGCGUUGCACUAAGCCAAAUGAAAUUAUAUGAAGAAGCGAUUGCAUGUUAUGAAGAAUCCAUUUAAUUAAAUCCUAAAAAUGAAAUAGCAC